AUGUUGAAGGGAACAACCGAGAAGAGUAACAAGUACAGUGAACUUGUCGAAUUCUUGCGGUCCAAUUUGCCCGAAGGAGCGAAGAAGAUUGUGCAAGAGGAUAAGAGUUUAUUAAACUUUAAAGAUGACAGUGGUCGCAUAGCCAUUCAUUGGGCAGCUUCUGGAGGAUGUUUACCUUUUAUAGAACUGGUCCUUCGGGACAAUCCUGAGAUGGCUUUGGCUACUGACGAUUCUGGAUGGAGUGUGUUGAUGAUUGCUUCUUCUGCUGGACAUUUCGAUGUAGUCAAGUAUCUCCUGAGUUCUUGCGACUGUGAUGUCAACCACAGGUAUGCGUUCCUUUUAUUGUUUAUAUUUAGUUAUCUUAGUCUUUUUAAAUUUAUUGAAUAGAAAUUCAAACGGCCAGUCAUCUCUCCAUUAUGCGGCUUCAAAGAAUCUGAUAUCCAUUGCAAGAAUGUUGCUUGAAAAUGGAGCAGAGGUGAACGUUCAAGAUAAUUAUGGUAGUGCUCCGAUCCAUCGUGCUGCGGCCAAAGGCCAUGUGGAUAUGGUUAUGUUAUUGAUGUCCCAGAAGGGAGCAAGAGUUGAUCUGGCCGAUAGAGAAGGUAACACUGCUCUUCAAAUGGCGGUGGAAGAUCAGAACGACAGUACGGCUAUCUUGUUAGCUAAGAAAGGAGCAGAUAUCAACAGACAAAACAGAGAAGAAAAGACGCCCUUGGAUUACUGUAAAACUGCUGAUUUGAGGAGAAAACUGCAAGAUGCGGCUUCAGAACUCGGUGGCUAAUUUCUGUUCAAGUUUAUAAUGUAUGUUACUAUUUAUUAUUGAUAAACUGUUCGUUUCUUGACUUAGAUUUCUGAGCUAUUGUUUGUCAUAUACAGUUUUACUUAUGAGUAAAAUAUUUUCGCGCAAAAUAAAAAAAUAUUCAGGAACGAGUGGGGCUUUUAGUGCCCCAGGGCCGGGCUUUUGGGGCCUUGGGAAAUUUUGAAAGAAUCUUCGCGUUUAACGUAACCAAUCUUGUACAGGAUUGGGCCCGUUUUAUUCCCCACCCCGGUUUUGCUCCCAGGACGGUUUUGUCCCCAAGACAUUUUCGUCCCCAUUUUUUUACCCGCAGACCAGAUGGUCGAAACCCCCAUUAAAGAAUAAAAUUAGAAAAAAAUUUAAAUAAUGUUACAGUAUAUUUAUUAACCAUCAAUACAAUAUUUUCUUCAUCAUCCGACAAUUCACCCACCCCAAAAAUCCAGCACCCGCAUAUGCGCCACCCGAAUUUCUCGACCCCAAAAAUUAGGUCAAAAGGUGUUAGUGCUGUUGGUUUGAUAACCAGUACUACGCAAAAAUAUGUUUUAGAAUUUUUUGUGUUUGGUCCUUGGUGGUACUAUUUAGCACGAUAUAUAAAUUAGGCCAUAAUUUAUUAAUGCUGUUGUUUUGAUACCCGGAGCUGUUCAAAAAGUUUCUGUCAAAAAUAAAUUCGUACUAGAUAGUACAAAGUCCUAAAACAUGUUUUCGCGCAGUACCGGUUAUCAAACCAACAACACUAACACCUUUUGACCUAAUUUAUGCCUCGUACUAUAUAGUAUCACGUGCUAUUAGUACCUCAAUUACUUUGUAGUUUGUACAAUAACCAACUCUGAUGUGAAGACAACGCGCCCAGGCUUGGGGGCAAACCCAGUCUGGGGACUAAAAGGCCCAAAACAUUGGGGAAAAAACGUCCUGGGACAAAACCGUUGUGGGGACAAAAACCUUCCAUACGCUUACGUAUAGAUGUCCUCAAUCGAAAUAUUCCCGUUGUUGGAAUGUCUGGACAACUUGAAGCAUUUGAAAAGAACCGGGUGGGUCCACCACAAAGUUCCCGAACCGGAGACUGUGGCUAGCCAUAUGUAUCGAAUGGCGGUCUUGGCCAUGACCUUAGACCCCAAAGAAUUGGAUAUAAACAAGUGCGUUAAGAUGGCGUUGGUGCAUGAUAUUGGCGAAUCAAUUGUCGGGGAUAUUACCCCCAGAUGUGGUGUGUCAGCCUCAGAGAAAUUCAAGUUGGAAGAGAAAGUAAAGCAUCUUUAGUUUUAUGUCUAACAUCUUAAUUAAUCUAGGCAGUGAAUACAAUUUCUUCAUAUGUUCCAAUGGCAAAAGACGAAUGGUAUCAACUUUGGAUGGAAUAUGAGAAUGCGAGUACAAAGGAAGCCAUUGCGGUUAAACAAUUGGACAAAUUCGAUAUGGUAGCACAAGCCCUGAGUUACGAGCAAAAGUACAAUAUCUCGUUGGAUGACUUUUUCAAAUCAACUGAAGGUUUCUUCACUACAGAACCGUUCAUCAGCUGGGAUAAAGAAGUCAGAUCGAAAAAGAAUAAGUAA